GCUCGCAGAACAAAACAGAAGUGGGCUAAGUAAGCUUUCACGAUACCAAGAUCUUCGUUCACAAAGCUUUUAGAAAUGUGAGAUCCUUACUUCUAAGAGGGUAUGAGAAGCUACCAACCAAUCCCAUCUCUGGUAGCAGCAAGAUUGAUCCCAAGUUGCAAGAGACCGAAAGUCUGUGCAAAAGUUCCUUCCAGCGAUGGGAUCCCAGUGAGGUGGUGGGUAAGGAAGAUGGCAUCAUGAGUGUUCGUCGACUAGAGGACCAGAGCCUUCAAUGGAAGUCUAGUUUUUUGGCUACAGAGGACUUUGCAAAGAAGAUGGAAGAAUUGGAAAUGAUGGAUGAGAGUGAUGGGAAUCAUGUGCUUGACAUAGAGGAAGUUGUACAUUGCUACUCCCUCCUCACCAGCCCAACUUAUUUAGAAAUUGUUGACAAAUUCUCCAAAGAUGUCUACCAGGAACUAAAUCUUCCCCAGCCGCCAAGAAAAGUCAACAACUCAUUGGGAAAACUGGAUUCAGCAGCAAGCAUUCAUGGUCUGAUGAGGAAGUUGGGUUCAGCCAGUGUUCACAGUUCGAUGAGGAGACUGGGAUGCUCAACCAGUGUUCACACUUCAAUGGGAAAAGUAGGUUCAGGCAAUGCCGGUUCAAUGAGGAAACUAAGUUCAUCCGAAGUUCACAACUCAAAGAGAAAUUUGGGUGCAGAAAGCAUUCAUGACUCGAUGAGGAGAUUGAGUUCGGACAGCAUUCAUGGUUCAAUGAGGAAACUGGGUUCCGACAGCCUGCACAGUUCAACGAGGAGAUUGGGUUCAAAAAGUGUUCAUUCGUCAAUGAGGAAAUUAGAUUCAGAUAGCAUUGACGGAUCAAUGAGGAAACUAUGUUCAACCAAUGUUCACAACUCAAUGAGGAGAUUGAGUUCGGACAGCAUUCAUGACUCUAUGAGGAGAUUGAGUUCAGACAGCAUUAAUGGUUCGAUGAGGAAACUGGGUUCCGAAAGCGUUCACAGUUCAAUGAAGAGAUUGGAUUUAAAAAGUGUUCAUGGGUCAAUGAGGAAAUUAGACUCAGACAGCAUUCACGGAUCAAUGAGGAAACUGAGAUCAGACUGCAUACAUGGGUCUAUGAGGAAACUUGGUCCAGACAGCAUACACAGGUCUAUGAGCAUGACGAAACUUGGUUCAGACAGCAUUCCCGGAUCUAUGAGGAAACUGGGUUCAGAUAGUCACAGCAUUCAUGGUUCCAUGAGGAAACUGAGAUCAGAUGGCAUUCGCAGUUCAAUGAGGUGUCUGCCCUCUUAAGCUAUAUGCAACUGAGUAAUGUACAAAAAACUCCAAAUGCUUAGAGGGCUCAUGGUUUUGUCUUUAUUAACAGUUCCUAGUUAUUGAACCCUGCAUGCUAUGAGCCAUUUCAGGUUGAAAUUGCAUGUACUUGUACUAUAACAUGUUAUUUUUAUUUCAUUAUCUGCUCUUUGCAC